AUGACCAACGUCCUCAUAACAGGCGGCUCCGGCUACCUAGGCGGCUCCCUCCUCGCCUACCUCAAACAAAACCCCACCGUCCUCCCCCCAGGAACAACCCUCUACGGCCUCGUGCGCAACGAAGAACAAGCCCAAAAAACCAGAUCCCACUACGGCAUCGACCCCCUCAUCCUCGACCUCGCCUCGCAACAGGCCAUCACCAAUACCUUCCUGGAGAAGAACAUCACCGUCGUCGCUUUCCUGAUUGAUGCUAGAAGGAGUGAGGUCCAGGUAAGGAUAAUUAAGGCUCUGGCGAAAGUCCAGGCGAAGAUGGGACGGCAGGCACAUUUCAUCCAGACGGCGGGCGCGAAGGGGUUUAGCAGCCAUGCGGGGUUUCCUUUGGAGCCGCCUGUUGAGGAUGUGGAUGGGGGGCUUUAUGAGAUUCAUAAGGAGGGGAGGGGGAAGGAGUCGGCGGCGAGGUCGAUGUGCGAAGCGGAUGUGGCGAUUGUGGAAGCGGCGGAGGAGUUUGGGGUUAGGGCGUAUAUCGUUGCGCCUUGUAUCGUGUAUGGCGAGGGGGAGGGGUUUGGGAAUCGGAUCUCGAUCCAGACGGUCGCGAUUGUGAAAGCUGCGAAGGCGACGAGGAGGGUGUAUAAUGUUAAUCAGGGCAGAGCUGUCUGGCCUGUCUGCCACGUCCGAGACCAGUCUGCUUUAUAUGCCCGCCUUUUGCACAAUAUCCUCUCGGGCGUCGAGGUCAACUACAAUAAAAAAGGAUUCUUCCUCGCGUCUCCCGGAGCCGUGGCCUGGAGAGACCUCUACGCUGCGAUGGCUAAAGCGCUGCUCAGAAAAGGACUGAUCGAUGACGAUGAAGUCCACGACGCAGAUGAGAAGGCGGUGGCAGAAAUGGCCCGGGGUCUGGGAUGUGAGCCGAAAAUGGUGGCUUUCAGUUUGGGGGGAGUAUGUACCUGGGUCCCGAGACAUGGGAAGAGCAUCGGGUGGAAGCCGGAACAUGCGCCUGAGCAUAUCCUGGAGGCUGCCGAUGAUGAAGUUGAGCUGAUCUUGAAGAACAUCUAA